AUGUCGGCGCUCGGCUGGGGCCGCGGCGCCGCGGGGUUGGGGCGAGCCCUGGUGACCCCGGGCCGCUCCAGCCUCCUGGCCGAGAAAGGGCCUGGGGCCCUUGGUGGCAUCUGGGGCCGCGGAAGGAGCUCGUCGGCCAGCCCUUGUGAACGAGAUCGCCGGAAGGACUGGGGCCACGUGGAGCUGCUGGAGGUGCUCAAGGCACGGGUCCGGCAGCUGCGGGCCGAGUCGGUGUCAGAGGUGACGGUGAAGCGGGUGGCCGUGACUCGGAUCCCAGAGGGCGGUGGCGGCGGCUCCCAGCCGCGCGGGAAGGCCGAGGCAGGGGCUGCGCUGGAGCUCCGUGGCCGCUGGGCAGAGAAGCUAGACAAGGAGAAGUGGAUUAUGCAGAAGCGCAAGCAGCGGCUGGAGGUGAAGCUGCAGGCCCACGCGCAGAAGUUGGCCCAGGAGCCACCACCGAGGCCACUGCGGCCACUGCGUGUGGAGCCGCGGUUACAAAACGGGCAGCUGGCUGGCUGCCUGCAGCGGUGGGCGCGAGGGGGCCCUGCCGGCCCCUGGGAGGAGCAGCUGGCCCAGGCGCUGCAGGAGGCCCCGCGGAAGCUGAGCCGGGAAGAGGCACAGGCCCCGGCCGACAGGGCGGCCGAGGCGCAGCUCUCGGGCCGGCGGCAGAAGCUCCUGGCCUUCCUGGAGUGCUGCCUGCUCACAGACCACCUGCCCCUUGCCCACCAUGUGCUGGUCACCCAGCAUGGCCACCUCCGACGCCGGCGGCUCCUCACGCUCGCCAUGUACAACACUGUCAUGCUUGGCUGGGCCCGCAAGGGCUCCUUCAAGGAGUUGGUGUAUGUGUUCUUCAUGGUGAAGGACGCCGGCCUCGCCCCCGACCUCCUGUCCUACGCGGCUGCCCUCCAGUGCAUGGGACGGGGGGACCAGGAUACCAGCACCAUCAGAAGGUGCCUGGAGCAGAUGGCCCGUGACCGGCUGCCGCUGCAGAAGCUCUUUUUAGCUGUCCCCAUGUCUGAGGAGGAAUGGGCUGCAGUCCUGACGGCCGUGCGAAAAGUGAAGCCUGCCUUCAGCCCACCGCCGCGGCCCGCACCCCGGGUGAACACAUCACCGUUGCUCAAGGACGUCUACGCCCAGGACAGCCCUGUGGCCUAUCCCAAGCUGCACCUGCCGCUGCAGACGCUGGCGCGCCUCUUCCAGCAGCAGCUGGAUGUGGAACUGGCCACCACCGUCCAGGUGGAGUCUGUGGAGAAGGCCCCACCGCUGACUGCCGAGGUCCUGCAUGCGCGGGAGACUCUGAGGAGCCUGCGGGCCCAGUGGGAGAAGGCGCUAUGCCAGGAGUUAAGGGAGGUCAAGGCCAGCCUGGCGCGUGUAGCCCGCGAAGGGCGCCCCACACUCUACCCCCACCUGUGCCUGCUGGGCGAGCGGGAGACUGCGCAGAUGCUGCUGCAGCUUCUGCAGGUGCUGCCCCCUCAGGGCCAGUCGCUCAUCCAGCUGGCCCACGAGCUGGGCAUGCGCACCUUCAACCGGCACGUUGUGCAGCGGAAGCAGCGGGAGCGCCAGGUUCAGGCGCUGCAGCAGCGCUACUUGGAGUACCUGCGCCUGCUGGCCUGUGACACGCAGGUGGACCCGCCCUGCCUGCCGCGACAGCACUGGGAGGCACUGGGGGGUCCUUGCGGCGAGCCGCCACCGGAACAGCCUUGGCCGCUGCCGGUACUCGUGCAGGUGGGCAAGCAGCUGGCGGAGGUGCUGGUGCGGGCCGUGCACAUGCCGCGCAACCCGGGUGUCCCCGCCGGUGCCGAGCAGCUCAUCCCGGUGCUGUACCACGUGUACUCCUUCCGCAGCUUUCGGCAGAUCGGCAUCGUCAAGCCACACCCAGCCUUCUCGAAGCUGCUAACCACGGCAGCUGAGCCCACACUGACCUUCGAGGCAACCGAGGUGCCCAUGCUGUGCCCGCCGCUGCCCUGGACCUCACCACACUCGGGUGCCUUCCUGCUGAGCCCUGCCAAGCUGAUGAGGGCUGUGGAGGGCACCACACAGCACCAACGUGGGCUCGAGCGCUGCCCGCCUGUUGCGCUGCAUGGUGCCCUUGAUGCCCUUACACAGCUGGGCAACUGCGCCUGGCGCGUCAACGGGCGCAUACUAGACCAGGUGUUAGCGCUCUUCCAUGCCCGGGGCUGCUCCCGCCUGGGCGUGCCUCCCCCGGCCUCCGAGGCACCACGCCCACCCGCCCACCGCCCACCGCCAGGCACCCCGCCUGCACGCCUGGCUGAGCUGCGGCGGGAGGCGGCGCGCUGCCUGAAGGCUGCCCGAGAGCUGCGCAGCCUGCGCGCAGACGCACUCUACCGCCUCUCGCUGGCCCAGCACCUGCGCCACCACAGCGCCUUUUGGCUCCCCCACAACAUGGAUUUUCGAGGCCGCACCUACCCCUGCCCACCACACCUCAGCCACUUGGGCAGCGACCUGGCCCGAGCCCUGCUGGAGUUUGCCCACGGCCGCCCCCUUGGCCCGCGUGGCCUCGACUGGCUCAAGCUGCACCUGGUCAACCUCACAGGGCUCAAGAAGCGCGAAUCGCUACAGGCUCGCCUGGCCUUCGCAGACCAGGUGCUGGAUGAGGUCCUGGACUCGGCUGACCGGCCCCUGACGGGCCGAAAGUGGUGGAUGGAGUCGGAUGAGCCCUGGCAGACCCUGGCUUGCUGCAUGGAGAUCGCACAGGCUGUACGCUCCCCCGACCCUGCCGCCUUCGUGUCCCACUUCCCCGUGCACCAGGACGGCUCCUGUAAUGGCCUACAACACUAUGCCGCCCUGGGCCGGGACAGCACGGGUGCAGCUUCUGUCAACCUGACCCCGUCAGACCUGCCUCAGGACGUGUACAGUGGGGUGGCUGCACAGGUGGAAGCCUUCCGCAGGCGGGACGCCGAGCGGGGUGUGCGAGUGGCCCAGGUGCUGGAGGGGUUCGUGAGCCGCAAGGUGGUGAAGCAGACGGUGAUGACUGUGGUGUACGGGGUCACCCGCUAUGGCGGGCGCCUGCAGAUCGAGAAGCGCCUCCGUGAGCUCCAGGGCUUCCCCCAGGAGUUCGUGUGGGAGGCCUCCCACUACCUGGUGCAGCAAGUCUUCAGCAGCCUUCAGGAGAUGUUCUCAGCCACGCGGGCCAUCCAGCACUGGCUGACAGAGAGUGCCCGCCUCAUCUCCCACAUGGGUUCGGCUGUGGAGUGGGUCACACCUCUGGGCGUCCCUGUUAUCCAGCCUUACCACCGGAGCUCCAAGUUAAUGAUCAGUGGUGGGAUGCAGAGCAUGACCUUCAACCACAGCUCCGACAGCAGCCAGCGGCCCAACACGCUGAAGCAGAAGAACGGCUUCCCGCCUAACUUCAUCCACUCGCUGGACUCCACCCAUAUGAUGCUUACUGCCCUUCACUGCUACAGGAAGGGACUGACCUUUGUCUCUGUCCACGAUUGCUACUGGACCCACGCAGCCGAUGUCCCAGUCAUGAACCAGGUGUGCCGAGAGCAGUUCGUGAAGCUCCACAGCCAGCCCAUCCUGCGAGACCUGUCCCGCUUCCUGGUGAAGCGCUUCUGCUCCGCCCCCAGGUCUCAGAACCUCUCCAAGAACCUGCAGAUGCGCAAGCUGUUCCAGACGCUGCUGGCGGUUCCCGAGACAGGGACCUUCGACCUGGAGCAGGUGAAGCGCUCCACCUACUUCUUCAGCUGA